AUGAAGUGCAAUUUUCGUUACCUGACGCUACUGGUUGGCGGGAUGAUGUUCAGCCUGGUGGCAGUACCGACCCAAGGAUAUAGCAGUGAUCCGCAUCUGUUCGAGAAUAGAGAUGGCUACAUCAUCGGUAACUAUCUGCAGGCAACCGACCAGGACAUCCGAGACUUCUUCUGGACCGGUUCCGGCGAUGGUCCGAGCUCGGUAUUGAAUCCCUUCGAACGGUUUCCAAUCAGCGAGGAUGCCAUCAUCAAGACUGCCACGGUUGUAGCCACCGUGUACAUCGAUCGUAACGGCGGUCCGGAUGGGUACGACGAUCUGUGCAUCUUCGAUUGCCCAUCUUCGGUGCCGGGAGUUCAUGGGGACGAUACGAACCAGGGACCGGCGGCCGAGGAUGACUACGGCCAUACCGUUGAUAACGUUACGCCCACGGAUCGACGCUUCUGGCUGAUGACCGUCAUCGGUGGGCUGUACGGACGGCAGGACUAUCCGGCACUGGAGGGCAAACUGGCCAAGCUGUAUCGAGUUGCAUUCGCUAGGCAACAGGCAUUACAUCUCGGUAUCAACGGAAGCAGCAACAACCAGCACAACAACAAUACACUCGAGCAACAGUCGAUGAGCGAGAGUGAACGAACCCAACGUACCAAGCGCCGUGUGCCACCGUACGGCAUUUCUCGGCAGGAUGAAGAAGGCUUAGCAACGCAACAACAAAAGGCUAGUACGGUUGGACAGAAACCUGAGCCACCUUCCGGUGUGCAUCCAAACCCUGCUGGCGCUCGGGUACUGCUGAAUGGGAACGUCAUUGCGUACGAACGGUUGGAACGUCGGCGGCGGAAACUUCGGGGACGGAAAAUCCUGCACAAAAGAGACACGGGGCAGGUGAUCCGGUUGGUGCAGGUGGACCACGGUACAGGGAGUGACGUUCUACCGGUACCGCCGGUAGUGGAAGUCAUCGGAGGACACAACCCACAGGAGCAGGAAGGUAGCGGGGCGGGUGCAGGCGGUAGCGGAGGUGGGAAUAGUGAAGAAGCCGAAGAACAGCUACGUACGCUGCACGGUACCGCCGAUGGAGGCCCCGACCGGACGGUGGUUAGGCGCAAUCACGACAAGGACGCAUACUCGACCGGACGGCGGAAGGUGCGGAUCCUGAUACACAAUACCACCCACUUGCGGGAGGAGGAUCGAUUGUCAAUGGAUGACGAUGGUCGGGACCACAAUCGCUCGAAGAGUAGCCGGACUGCUGGUGGUGGAUCGACGGGCAUGACGAACCACACGCUGAAUCAAACCGAAAUAAUCUACUCAGUGUUUGUGGGGGGCUUACCCGUGCUUGCAACAACGGCUGCCGAAGACAUGAAGCUGAUGUCGCAGGACGAGAUGGAACACGUGCUAGAAACGAUGGUUUACCUCAAAGCGGACCCGUAUCUGAAGGAGCCUCAGGCGACACCGUUGAUUCCGUCGACACAGAACGGCAGCGGUAACGUGAUAGCGUUGAUCGGCCAGAAUCCAAGCCUGUUUGUGGUGUCGUGUGUGGCGGCCCUGCUGCUUGCGGUGCUGUGCGUUGGACUGUUUCUUUUGGCACGCGGCAAACGGAAGCACAUCGGCGAGAUGAAGAAGCUGGAGUCAACGCAGGCACUCGUAAUGCCGGGAACGAUUACCGAGGAGCUGAAUGCGCUGAAAACGGGUGAAAGUGGUAGCAGCAGACAUCCGUCCCCUUACACGCGUGAUCCGUCUGCUAACGUGAGCCUAAUAGCACAGAAACCCUCACCCACAAUCCAUUUCCCGCUACCACCGAUGACACGGCCAACCUCCUCGUCCUCGAGCUAUUCGUCCGAUUCGUCCGUGUACUAUCCGAAGCGCAAGCAGAAACAUCACCACCACCAUCAUCAGCAUUUGCAUCAUUCGCAGCAGCAGCAGCACGAGCUGUUGGACGAGAAGUCGGUCAAUCUGAGUAACAAGCUGCAGAAACAGUUCCACCUGCAAUCGCUGCUGACCGUGCACGGUGGCGCGGAGAAUGUGUACGCUUCGGUCCAGAAGCCGAAGAAGGAAAACAAACGGCGUCGGAAGUACUUGGGCGAGAAUCGGGUCGGAUCGUUCGAGGGUGGUGCGGGACUGGUACCGGCGAGGAGUCCACUGACGACGACCACCGCCAGCAGCGCUAGUCCGAGCGAUCGUUCGUAUGACGAUCGCGAACCGAAGCUGGUGCCGGGCCCGUACGGGCACAGCGAAACCUUCAACACGGAUGUGAUCCUGAAGCACUAUCUGAAGCGUAAGCCGCUGGUAGGUUAUGGCGAUGGCCAUGGGUUGCCGGUGGAAGCCUUGAAUCGGGACAAGAUCCGCGUGCUGGAGCAGUGCGGCGGUGGCGGUGGUGGCAUGUCGGUGGAUUCCGGUAGCAUUGGAUCGUACCUGAGUAUGGCUUCGGUGAAAAGUUUUCCCAGAUGUUUUGUACCGGAGCCGCUUAGCCGUGUUCUGGAGCCAGUCACCAUGACUCAUCUAGAUCAGUCAGAUGCGUACGUUGAGGGUAUGAAGUCGACCGGGCCAGAUACGGCCGGUACUAGUCAGUACAAUACGGACACAGAGGUUCACCUAUCAAGAACUCAGAGUGACGGUGCUGAUCCGGGCGUGGUAGGACCGAUCGUAUGGCAGAUGCAUAAGAAGGAAAUGGAUGAGAUCGCUAGUCCUAUGCGUGACCCUGUGAUGACAAGGAAUCGCUUCGAGGGUCUGCUUGAGGGGGCCAUUCAGCUGUACACCGAUGGUCCCGAACGGGAGGAAGAACAGAAGAACUCGAUCCCAUUGCCCGGUGUUAUCCGGCCGGUGGAAAACCGAGGAAAAUCAGCUGUCGUUGUAAGAGAAACAUCCCGCUCGUCAUCAGCCACCAUACGCCCGGUAACGGCCGCACCGGUACGUAAGCCCGCAGACGGGACGAGAUUGGCAAAUCCUGCCUCACCAACGCCCGGUGGGGCGCGUGGUGGAGCGUGGAGUAGUGGAACACACUCACCGAUGGUACGGCCAAUGAGUGCCGGCCCGUUCCAUACACCGUCCGGACCGGUCGGUGGGAUGGAAGUGACGCGCAUUACAGCACCACAAAGUGUUCUCCAAUCGGCGGAACUGUCAACGGCGCCAUUGCUGCAAAACAUCAUGCAGGAGCUGAAACGGUUUCGCAACGAGCAAUAA